UAAACAUUGCCUGUGUUUUCCAGGGGUUAGACUAUGAACACAACCUUUUGUCUACUGAACUCACACGCCUGUGAGACCGGGUAUUAGCGCCUCUGUUGCUUGGAGUUGGAGGAUUUUGGCCCCUUUUUAGUCCUCCUGUGAGUCCAGCUGGAGUUCCGUCCUCUUCUUCUGCCAUGGAGCGAGGACCGGUGUUAUACCUUUUGACCUUCUACUGCAGCAUAGUUGCAGCCUUGGAGAAGGCCCAGAUGUUCCCAUAUGGCACCUUAAGUGGAGAUUCCCUUUUGGAAGAAGGGGACGAUGAAACCUCUAAAGUCUUAUCUUUGCCUAAACCCUUCUACUUCUACGAUACCCCCUUCUCUCAGCUUUAUGUGGCCACCAACGGAAUCAUCUCAGCUCAGGACCUGCCGAUGGAGAAGCAGUACGUGGAUGACUCCUUCCCCACAGACUUCCCAGUGGUGGCGCCGUUUCUGGCCGACAUGGACACCAGCGGAAGACGAGGACAGAUUUACUAUCGGGUGACUGAAACCCCGAACAUCCUCAACCGAGUUGCCCAGGAAGUCCAACGAGGGUUCCCGGAUGCCAAAUUCACACCCAACUACGCCGUGGUGGCGACUUGGGAAAACGUAGCCGCCUACAACGAGCCCACUCGAACCAACGGAGGCACUUCCAAUGAGGUCAACACCUUCCAGGCUGUGAUAGGAUAUGAUGAAAUCGACUCGUACGUUCUCUUCCUCUACCCGGAGGGUGGCCUGAACUUCUUUGGGACGAGACCCAAGGAGUCAUAUAAUGUGGAGAUCGAGCUUCCUGCUCGAGUCGGAUUCAGCAGAGGUGAAGUAACGUAUCUGAUUUUUUCCCGAACCGAUGGACCUCACUACAGCGUGACCGGCGAUCAGCAGAGUAUCAAACGUCUCUACCAGGCUGGCAACACGGGAACUCCAGGCGUUUGGCUUUUCCACACCGGGAACUACUAUUCUUUCGAAAACAUCGUGCCUGCGUCUAGUAGUGGUCUCCUUUCUACAUUGCCACCAAGAGAACAUGCCUUGCCUCUGGACACCACCACACCCGAGUACAGCGACUCUGAAGAGUACACAGACAGCAGUAACUUUGACCCUGCUAACGAAGAGGAAGAGGAGGAUUACCCUCUUACUGGUGAAGAUCUGGAAUUCCAGCCAGAGCUCGCUAAUGAAUCCCUUCAGCCAAGAAGUUCGAACCCUCCUUCGUCAGCGUCCGAGGACUCGGCUCGGCAGGCCUCACAUAGUGGCCAAGACUUACCUUUGACCUCUGAACCCAGACACAAUUCAGAGAGUGUCGAGAGCCAGUACCUUCCUCAUCCUCAUCCUCGUCGAGAUAUGAUCCCAGAUGGAGGGGAUCAGCGGUCGCAUGGGCAGAAACCUCAGGUUCCUGUGGAGGUGGUAGACCUGUACCCCUCUCACAGAAACCAGCCCCCACUCUCCCCUGGGGGUCAUGUUGUCAGUGUGGACGAAGAUGACAUUGACUUUGACACAGGAGUGAUCCAGUACACCACUGAGAACAAGGAAACAUGUGCCAGGUUCCAGCAGCAGUGUUCCCAGAAUGCAUUUUGUUCUGACUACGCUACAGGCUUUUGCUGUCACUGUCAACCUGGAUUUUACGGAAAUGGCCGUCAUUGUCUGCCCAAGGCGGCCCCCCAACGUGUCAGUGGCAAGCUCAGCGGGACGGUGAUAGUGGGUAUGACCCCCGUGGAGCUCAACCAAAUCGAUCUCCACGCUUACAUCGUGGUGGGAGACGGGAGGGCGUACACAGCCGUCAGCGAGAUCCCUGAGCCAGUGGGUUGGGCCUUGAUGCCGGCUGCACCAAUUGGAGAGCUGUUUGGAUGGCUGUUUGCUCUGGAGCUGCCCAAUAGCCAAGCCGGAUUCAAAACUACAGGAGCGGAGUUCACGCGUCAUGUGGAGCUCAUCUUCUACCCUGGAAAUCAGCGACUGUCAAUCACUCAGACAGGACGAGGCCUUGAUGACCACAACCACCUCACCGUGGACACCAUGCUCAACGGCAGCGUGCCGUUCUUACCGCCUGGUGCAGAAGUGACUAUGGACCCCUUUAAGGAGACCUACCAUUACUACCCAUCAGUUGCCACGUCUACUUCUGUGAGGGAGUUUACGGUGGUCUCACCGGACAAAGGAUCUGAAUCCUUCUCCUUCCAAAUGAAGCAAAACAUCACCUACCGGGACUGUCGACAUGACAGCCGGGCUCCCCCUGUGGAGACCCUGCAGAUUACCAUGGAGAGAGUGUUUGUCAUGUAUGUAAAGGAGGAGCGCAUCCUGAGAUACGCCAUCACGAACAAGAUCAGCCCAGUCGGAGCGGGGCCGACGGGACCAGAGGUGCGUCACCCCUGCUAUGAUGGAAGCCACGACUGUGACACCACGGCACAGUGCAUUCCACUCGAGGGCCAAGCUUUCCAGUGCCGAUGUGCAACUGGUUACAAAGGGGACGGACACAACUGCUACGAUGUGGACGAGUGUGCUGAGGGUUCGGCGACAUGCGGCGCACAUUCUCAGUGCGUCAACCUGCCAGGUAGCCAUCGCUGCCAGUGCCAGAGUGGCUAUGAAUUUGGCUUUGAUGGACGCACAUGUGUGGACGUGGACGAGUGCCGCACUUCUCCAUGCCACACCAAUGCCAGAUGCACCAACAGCUUGGGUUCCUUCUACUGUGACUGCCAGACAGGCUUUUAUGGAGACGGCUUUCUUUGCUCCCAGCAGGAAGACAAACUAGAACGUCCUAAAAGCCACUGCGAGCAUCACAGAGACAGCGUGCAGACCACCAGUCCAGAAGGUUAUCCUCUUGUGGGAGCGUUUGUACCUGAGUGUGAUGCUAAUGGACAAUACACACCUCAACAGUGUCAUGGUUCCAGUGGACAUUGUUGGUGUGUGGACAGUCAAGGGAAAGAAAGACCAGGAACCAGAACUCUACCUGGUACAACACCAACAGACUGUGACAAACCAGAACGUCCUAAAAGCCACUGUGAGCAUCACAGAGACAGAGUCCAGACCACCAGUCCAGAAGGUUAUCCUCUUGUUGGAGCUUUUGUACCUGAAUGUGAUGCUAGCGGGCAAUACACACCUCAACAGUGUCAUGGUUCCAGUGGACAUUGUUGGUGUGUGGACAGUCAAGGACAAGAAAGACCUGGAACCAGAACUCCUCCUGGUACAACACCAACCAAUUGUGACGAAGCAGAGAAACCACAACGUCCUAAAAGCCAUUGCGAGCAUUACAGAGACAGUGUGCAGACCACCAAUCCAGAAGGUUAUCCUCUGGUGGGAGCUUUUGUACCUGAAUGUGAUGCUAAUGGACAAUACACACCUCAACAAUGUCAUGGUUCCACUGGACAUUGUUGGUGUGUGGACAAUCAAGGACAAGAAAGAUCAGGAACCAGAACUCCACCUGGUACAACACCAACGGAUUGUGAUAAACCAGAACGUCCUAAAACCCACUGUGAGCAACACAGAGACCGAGUCCAGACCACCAGUCCAGAAGGUUAUCCUCUGGUGGGAGCUUUUCUACCUGAGUGUGAUGCUAAUGGACAAUACACUCCUCAACAGUGUCAUGGUUCCAGUGGACAUUGUUGGUGUGUGGACAGUCAAGGACAAGAAAGAUCAGGAACCAGAACUCCACCUGGUACAACACCAACGGAUUGUGAUAAACCAGAACGUCCUAAAACUCACUGUGAGCAACACAGAGACCGAGUCCAGACCACCAGUCCAGAAGGUUAUCCUCUGGUGGGAGCUUUUCUACCUGAGUGUGAUGCUAAUGGGCAAUACACACAUCAACAGUGUCAUGGUUCCAGUGGACAUUGUUGGUGUGUGGACAGUCAAGGACAAGAAAGAUCAGGAACCAGAACUCCACCUGGUACAACACCAACGGAUUGUGAUAAACCAGAACGUCCUAAAACUCACUGUGAGCAACACAGAGACCGAGUCCAGACCACCAGUGCAGAAGGUUAUCCUCUAGUGGGAGCAUUUGUACCUGAGUGUGAUGAUAAUGGACAAUACACACCUCAACAGUGUCAUGGUUCCAGUGGACAUUGUUGGUGUGUGGACAGUCGAGGACAAGAAAGAUCAGGAACCAGAACUCCACCUGGCACAACACCAGCGGAUUGCGAUAAACCAGAACGUCCUAAAACCCACUGUGAGCAUCACAGAGGCCGAGUCCAGACCACCAGUGCAGAAGGUUAUCCUCUAGUGGGAGCAUUUGUACCUGAAUGUGAUGCUAAUGGACAAUACACACCUCAACAGUGCCACGGUUCUACUGGAUAUUGUUGGUGUGUAGAUAAUAGAGGGCAGGAGAGAGAAGGAACCAGAACUCCAGCCGGCACAGCACCCAUAAACUGUGACACACUAGAUGGACCACAGGUCAAAACCCAGUGUGUGCACCAUCGUGACAGUGUGCAGACCACCAUUUCUCAGGACUCCUCUACAGUGGGAGGUUAUAUCCCUCAGUGUGAUGCUGACGGGCAGUACACACCACUACAGUGCCAUGGUUCCACUGGGCAUUGUUGGUGUGUAGACAGCCAGGGACAGGAAAGACCAGGAACCAGGACUAGGCCUGGUGUACCACCCACAGACUGUGACAACUCAGAGGAAUCUAUACAUCCUAAAACCCACUGUGAGCAUCUAAGAGACCGAGUCCAGACCACCAGUCCAGAGGGUUAUCCUCUAGUGGGUGCUUUUGUACCUCAGUGUGAUGCUAAUGGACAAUACACACCUCAACAAUGUGAUGGCUCGUCUGGACAUUGUUGGUGUGUGAACAGUCAAGGACAAGAAAGACCUGGAACCAGAACUCCUCCUAGUACAACACCAAUGGACUGUGAUAAACCAGAACAUCCUAAAACCCACUGUGAGCAUCACAGAGACGGAGUCCAGACCACCAGUCCAGAAGGUUAUCCUAUAGUUGGAGCUUUUGUACCUGAAUGUGAUACUAAUGGACAAUACACACCUCAACAGUGUCAUGGUUCCAGUGGACAUUGUUGGUGUGUGGACAGUCAAGGACAAGAAAGACCUGGAACUAGAACUCCACCUGGUACAACCCCUGUGAACUGUGAUAAACCAGAUGAACGUCCUAAAAGCCUCUGUGAGCAUAACAGAGAUAUAAUCCAGACCACCAGUCUAGAAGGGUAUCCUCCAGUUGGAGCAUUUGUACCCCAAUGUGAUGCUACAGGACAAUACAGACCUCAACAAUGUCAUGGCUCGACUGGACAUUGUUGGUGUGUGGACAGUCAAGGACAAGAAAGACCAGGAACCAGAACUCCAUCUGGUACAACACCAAUGGAUUGUGAUAAACCACAACGUCCUAAAAGCCACUGUGAACAUCACAGAGACAGAGUCCAGACCACCAGUCCAGAAGGUUAUCCUCUAGUGGGAGCUUUUGUACCUCAGUGUGAUGCUAAUGGACAAUACACACCUCAACAGUGUCAUGGUUCCAGUGGACAUUGUUGGUGUGUGAACAGUCAAGGACAAGAAAGACCUGGAACUAGAACUUCACCUGGUACAACGCCCAUGCACUGUGAUAAUCAAGAUGAACGUCCUAAAACCCACUGUGAGCAUCUAAGAGACGGAGUCCAGACCAACAGUCCAGAAGGUUAUCCUCUUGUGGGAGCUUUUGUACCACAAUGUGAUAUUAAUGGACAAUACAGACCUCAACAGUGUGAUGGCUCGACUGGACAUUGUUGGUGUGUGGACAAUCAAGGACAAGAAAGGCCUGGAACCAGAACUCCUCCUAGUACAACACCAAUAGACUGUGAUAAACCAGAACACCCUAAAACCCACUGUGAGAAUCACAGAGACAGAGUCCAGACCACAACUCCAGAAGGUUAUCCUCUAGUGGGAGCUUUUGUACCUGAAUGUGAUCCUAAUGGACAAUACACACCUCAACAGUGCCAUGGUUCCAGUGGACAUUGUUGGUGUGUGGACGUUCAAGGACAAGAAAGACCUGGAACCAGAACUCCACCUGGUACAACACCCACGGACUGUCAUAAACCAGAACAUCCUAAAAGCCACUGUGAGCAUCACAGAGACCGAGUCCAGACCACCAGUCCUGAAGGUUUUCCUCUGGUGGGAGCUUUUGUACCUCAAUGUGAAGCUAAUGGACAGUACAUACCUCUACAGUGUCAUAGCUCGACUGGACAUUGUUGGUGUGUGGACAGUCAAGGACAGGAAAGACCUGGAACAAGAACUUCUCCUGGUACAACACCAACAGACUGUGAUAAACCAGAUAAACCUAAAACCCACUGUGAGCAUCACAGAGACGGAGUCCAGACCACCAGUCCAGAAGGUUACCCUCUAGUGGGAGCAUUUGUACCUCAGUGUGAUGCUAAUGGGCAAUACACAGCUCAACAGUGUCAUGGUUCCAGUGGACAUUGUUGGUGUGUGGACAGUCAAGGACAAGAAAGACCAGGAACCAGAACUCCACCUGGUACAACACCAACGGAUUGUGAUAAACCACGACAUCCUAAAACCCACUGUGAGCAUCACAGAGACAGAGUCCAGACCACCAGUCCAGAAGGUUAUCCUCUUGUUGGAGCUUUUGUACCUGAAUGUGAUGCUAAUGGACAAUACACACCUCAACAGUGUCAUGGUUCCACCGGACAUUGUUGGUGCGUGGACAACAACGGUCAGGAGAUAACAGGAACUAGAACUCCACCGGCUGUUUCUCCAGUGGACUGUCACAGACAUGGCCACGUGUCUCCGACCCAGCGUCCCGAGAGUGUGUGCGAGCGAUGGAGGACCAGCUUAAUGGAGCACUAUGGUGGGAAGCCAGAGCCGCAACAGUACCUACCCCAGUGUGAGCCUGAAGGACAGUUCAGUUCGGUCCAGUGCUAUGGCGAGACCACCUACUGCUGGUGUGUGGACCAGGAUGGGCGAGAGGUUCCUGGCACCAGGUCACAUGAGGCCGUCAAACCUGCAUGCCUUCCCUCAGUGGCCCCACCCACUGUGCGUCCUUACCCCCGCCCAGAUGUGACUCCACCCCCUAACGCGGCGGUCACAUUACUUUACGCUCAGGGGCAGAAGAUAGGAGCACUUCCCCUCAACGGGACCAGACUGGAUGCAAGCCGCUCCAAAACAAUACUGACCCUACAUGGAUCCAUCGUGGUCGGUUUAUCAUACGACUGCAAAGAGAACAAAGUAUAUUGGACGGAUUUGUCUGCACGCUCCAUUAAUAGAGCAGCAUUAUCGCCAGGAGCUGAGCCAGAGAUACUCAUCAACUCAAAUCUGGUCAGUCCAGAAGGUUUGGCUGUGGAUGUAAAGAGAAGGCUGAUGUUCUGGGUGGAUUCUAACCCCGACCUGAUCGAAAGGUCCAACCUGGACGGCAGCGAUAGGAGGACGCUUUUUGACACCCAACUUGUCAACCCCCGGGCCAUCAUCGUGGUCUCGUCCACUGGUUCUCUAUACUGGACCGACUGGAACCGAGAGGCUCCCAAGAUCGAGAGCUCGUCAGUGGACGGCCAGAACCGCCGGGUGGUCGUGACCGACGGGAUCGGUCUGCCCAACGCCUUGACCUUCGACUCGUCUUCAAGACAAAUCUGCUGGGCCGACGCAGGGACCAAGCAGCUGGAGUGUAUAUUCCCUGACGGCUCAGGGCGAAGAGUGAUCCACCCCAGCGUCAAUUACCCUUUCAGUAUGGUUUACCACCACAACCACUUCUACUACACCGACUGGAGAAGGGACGGCGUGAUCGCUCUCAGCAAAGACGGUGGAAAACUCACAGAUGAAUACUUGCCAGAUCAGCGGUCUCACCUCUAUGGGAUCGCCAUAGCAACGUCCCACUGUCUAUAAGGAAGGGCUAACAGCAGAGUAGCAGCCGUGCGGUCCUUUGGUGCUAAAAUUCUGGGACCGUUCCGAGUGGUGGACAUGAGGAACCUCGGGUGGUCCUCGGAGGAAAAGAAAGCUCCAGAAGGAACAACAUGGAUUCUUGUGAAACAUCAAGAUAUAACCCCACAUUAAAAGUUCUGUACAUUUGUUUUAUACCUCAAUUUAACAAUCUUUCUACUGUAUUUUUUCUCUGCAGUUUGUUGUUUUAGCCUUCAAAGCCAAACAAUAAAAUAGUUCACAUUUGUGUUGUGAAGAAAUAGUUUAAACUAGUAAUUAUCACAUUUAAAAUGUUAUUACAGGCUAGACAAGUAUGCCAUUUAGCCUCACGUGAAGACAAGAAGCACCGAUCCAAACUGAGGAAUGUAAUCAGAUUACUAAAGCUGUCAAGAUUACAGCAGGUCGUUAACAUGUUCUUUUCUAUGUACCACAAAGCUUAUCUCAUUAUAACAAGAUGUGAUAUUUAUAACAAUAAAAUGUGAUUUGCUACUUGA